GAGUUUUAUAGGAAUAAAACAAUUUUUGUAACUGGUUGCACCGGUUUCUUGGGCUCGAUGCUCGUCGAGAAGCUUUUGCGAAGCUUUCCCGACAUAACGAAACUCUACUUGUUGGCUAGGAAGAAGGAAACAAUGAAUCUCAUCGAGAGAAGCAAAGAAUACUUCGAAGAUCCUAUUUUUGAGCGUAUGAUUGCCCUGAAUCCCAAUUACUAUGAGAAAGUUCAGUGGAUCGAAGGAGACUUGACGAUGCCUAGUCUGAACAUGUCCAACGAAGAUAUUGCUGUUAUCAAAACCGUGGAUAUUGUUCUUCAUCUUGGAGCUUCAAUAAAGAUGCAGAAUCCGCUCCACGAGAUGAUCAAGAACAAUUUGUUAGGAACCGCGGAGCUGCUCAAGAUCUGCUUAGAUAACAAAAACAUAAAAUGUUUCAUAUACGUUUCAUCUGUUUACUCAAACGCGAGGAAAUCUUGUUCUCGCAUCGCAGAGAAGAUAUACGAACCAAUAUUAAAACCAAAAACGUUGAUAGAUAUAUAUAACGCUUUGAGUGACAACGAAUUGGAUGAAAUUGAAAAAACGUUGAUGCAAGAUUGGCCCAAUUCAUAUACGUUUUCAAAAAAUGCAACCGAGUUCCAUUGCGAUACGUUUAAAGAUCAAAUGAGCAUAGGAAUCUUCAGACCUGGGAUUAUAACCUCCAGCUAUUCAGAGCCAUAUCCACUUUGGGUAAAGAGCAAAUCUGGUAUGUUAGGUGCUAUUAUUCUGAUGGGCACAAAGACUGUACCAACUUUUCACCAAGAUAACUUGGCGAUGUCACAUGCCGUACCUGUCGAUAUGACAGUUAAUGCUUUAAUUGCAUGUACUUAUGAUGUUAUCCACAAUAAAUCGAAGGAUACCAAAAUCUACAAUUAUACAUCUAACAACAACCCUAUUACCUUCUACGAAGGAUGCAUGAUUGCAACAAAGAACAAACUCACUGGAGUAUUUACCGAAAACUAUUAUUGGAAUUUAAUCAAAAUAUUUAUACUCAUGUAUAUUCCAUUUAUGUUCAUGGAUGUUUUCCGUUUCUUUACAAGACAAAAACCAAAGUAUCUUCAUUUAUAUAAGAAAAUCAAUCAAUUCGUAGACGCAAUCUACUACUUUGCCAACAAACCUUUAUUUGUAGACAACGACAAUUUGGAAAAUAUUUGGGAUUCGCUCAGUCAGCAUGACAAAGAAUUGAUUCCGUUCAAUUUAAGGGUCAUUGAUUGGAAAGAUUAUUUCAUUAACGUGCCUUAUGGUAUCGAGAAAUAUAUGGGUAUUAAGAUGAAGAAGAUAUACGAACCAAUAUUAAAACCAAAAACGUUGAUGGAUAUAUAUAACGCUUUGAGUGAAAACGAAUUGGAUGAAAUUGAAAAAACGUUGAUGCAAGAUUGGCCCAAUUCAUAUACGUUUUCAAAAAAUGCAACUGAGUUCCAUUGCGAUACGUUUAAAGAUCAAAUGAGCAUAGGAAUCUUCAGACCUGGGAUUAUUUGGGUAAAGAGCAAAGCUGGUAUAUUAGGUGCUAUUAUUCUGAUGGGAACAAAGACCGUACCAAGUUAUCACCAAGAAAACAUGGCGAUGACACAUGCCGUACCUGUCGAUAUGACAGCUAACGCUUUAAUUGCAUACAAUGACAAUUUGGAAAAUAUUUGGGAUUCGCUCAGUCAGCGUGACAAAGAAUUGGUCCCGUUCAAUUUAAGGGUCAUCGAUUGGAAAGAUUAUUUCAAUAACGUGCCUUAUGGUAUCGAGAAAUAUAUGGAUCGUUUAACGUUACCUCUGAUAACGAAAUCCUGUUUCAUGUACGUUUCAACUGUUUACUCUUACGCGAGGAGAUCUUGUUCUCGCAUCGAGGAAAAGAUAUACGAACCAAUAUUAAAACCAGAAACUUUACUGGAUAUGUCUAAUGGUUUAACUAACGAUGAAUUGGAUGAAUUUGAAAAUACUUUAAUGAAAGAUUGGCCCAAUACAUAUACAUUCACAAAAAAUGUGACCGAAUACUAUUGUGAUACGUUCAAAGAUCAAAUGAGCAUCGGAAUCUUCAGACCUGGGACUGUAACUUCCGCUAUCUCCGAGCCGUUUCCUACCUGGGUAAAAAGCAAAGCUGGCAUAUUAGGUGCUAUUAUUCUGUUGGGAACAAAGCUAGUACCAAGUUAUUACGUGGAUAAGAAGGCACUAUCACACUGCGUGCCUGUGGAUAUGACAGUCAACGCUUUAAUUACAAGCACCUAUGAUGUUAUCAGCAAUAAGUAUCUACGAUUGUAUGAGAAAAUCAAUCACUUCUUAGGAGCGAUGUUCUAUUUUAACAACAAACCUUUGGUUGUAGACAACGAUAAUUUGGAACAUGUUUGGGAUUCGCUCACCCAGCGAGACAAGGAUUUGGUCCCAUUUAAUUUGAAAGUCAUCGAUUGGAUAGAUUAUUUCACGAACGUGCCUAGCGGCAUUGAGAAAUAUAUGCACUUUUUAGAUUACAUCAAUUAUAAUGCUAUCAGCUAUAUAAAAACCAGAUCCAAUAGACAACGGAAUUCAGUUGUUGUUGGUAUUUCGAAAAUGGAAGAGUUUUAUAGAAAUAAAACCAUUUUCGUGACUGGAAGCACUGGUUUCUUGGGCUCGAUGCUCGUCGAGAAACUUUUGCGAAGCUUUCCCGAUAUAUCAAAACUCUACAUGUUGGCUAGGAUGAAGGGAACGAUGAAUCUCAUUGAGAGAAGCGAAGAAUACUUCAAAGAUCCUGUUUUUGAGCGAAUGAUUGCCCUUAAUCCCAAUUAUUAUGAGAAAGUUAGUUGGAUCGAAGGAGACUUAACGAUGCCUCGCCUAAACUUGUCCGAAGACGAUAUGGCGAUUAUCAAAACUGUAGAUAUUGUUAUACAUCUUGGGGCUUCCAUAAAGAUGAAGAAUCCACUCCACGAGAUGAUCAAAAAUAAUUUGUUUGGAACGGCGGAGCUGCUCAAGAUCUGCUUAGACAAUAAAAACAUAAAAUGUUUCAUGUACGUUUCAUCUGCUUACUCGUACGCGAGGAAAUCUUGUUCUCGCAUCGAAGAGAAGAUAUACGAACCAAUAUUAAAACCAGAAACUUUGCUGGAUAUAUCUAAUGCUUUAACAAACGGCGAAUUGGAUGAAAUUGAAAACGUGUUAAUGCAAGAUUGGCCCAAUUCAUAUACAUUCAUCAAAACUGCAGCCGAGUACCAUUGUGACACGUUUAAAGAUCAAAUGAGCAUAGGAAUCUUCAGACCUGGGACUAUAACUUCCAGUUAUUCAGAGCCAUAUCCAGUUUGGGUGAAGAGCAAAGCUGGCAUAUUAGGUGCUAUUAUUCUGACUGUAACAAAGGUAUUACCAAGUUAUUACGUGGAUAAGAAAGCGAUGUCGCAUGCCGUACCUGUCGAUAUGACAGCCAACGCUUUAAUUGCAAGCACUUAUGAUGUGAUCCAGAAUAAGUAUCUACGAUUAUAUGAGAAAAUCAGUGACUUCAUAGAAGCGAUUCUGUAUUUCAACAACAAAUCUUUGAUUAUAGACAACGAUAAUUUGGAAAAUAUUUGGGAUACGCUCAGUCAGCAUGACAAGGAAUUGGUUCCGUUCGAUUUGAGGGUCAUCGAUUGGAUAGAUUAUUUCAACAACUCAGUGGUUUUUGGAAACUCAACGAUGGAUGAGUUUUAUAGGAAAAAAUCGAUAUUGGUGACCGGCUGCACCGGAUUCUUAGGCUCGAUGCUCGUCGAGAAGCUUUUAAGAAGCUUUCCCGAUAUAUCGAAACUAUACUUGUUGGCUAGGAAGAAGGGAACAAAGAAUGUUAUUGAGAGGAGCAAAGAUUACUUCAAAGAUCCUAUUUUUGAGCGAAUGAUUUCCUUGAAUCCCAAUUAUUAUGAGAGAGUUCAGUGGAUCGAAGGAGACUUGACAAUGCCUCGUCUGAAUUUGUCCGACGACGAUAUGGCUAUGAUCAAAACCGUGGAUAUUGUUCUUCAUCUUGGAGCUUCCAUAAAGAUGCAGAAUCCGCUCCACGAGAUGAUCAAAAAUAAUUUGUUAGGAACGGCGGAGCUGCUCAAGAUAUGCUUAGACAACACAAACAUAAAAUGUUUCAUGUACAUUUCAUCUGCUUACUCAAACGCGAGGGAAUCUUGUUAUCGCAUCGAGGAGAAAAUAUAUGAACCAAUAUUAAAACCAAAAACGUUGAUAGAUCUAUCUAAAGCUUUAACUGACGACGAAUUGAAUGAAAUUGAAAACACGUUAAUGCAAGAUUGGCCCAAUUCGUAUACGUUCUCAAAAAACGCAGCCGAGUUUCAUUGUGACUCGUUUAAAGAUCACAUGAGCAUAGGAAUCUUCAGACCUGGAAUCAUAACUUCCAGUUAUUCAGAGCCAUAUCCAUCUUGGGUGAAGAGCAAAGCCGGCUUGUUGGGUGCUAUUAUUCUGAUGGGAACAAAGACCGCACCAAGUUAUCGCAUGGAAAAGACGACGAUGUCACACGCCGUACCUGUCGACAUGACAGCCAACGCUUUAAUCACAUGCACCUAUGAUCUUAUUCACAAUAAAUCCAAACACACCAAAGUCUAUAAUUACACCUCCAACAACAACCCUAUUAGCUUCUAUGAAGGUUGCAUGAUUGCAACGAAGUACAAAUACGCUGGAGUAGUUACUCAAAACUAUUAUUGGAAUGCAAUCAGAUUGUUUAUACUCAUGUAUCUUCCAUGUUUAUUCAUGGAUAUUUUCCAAUUUUUUACAAGGCAAAAACCAAAGUAUCUACGAUUAUAUUAUAAAACCAAUCAAUUCCUGGACGCGAUCUACUACUUUAGCAAGAAACCUAUGAUUGUGGACAACGAUAACGUCGAAAAUAUUUGGGAUUCGCUCAGCAAGCGUGACAAAGAAUUGGUUCCGUUCAAUUUGAGGGUCAUCGAUUGGAUAGAUUAUUUCGAGAACGUGCCUAAUGGCAUCGAGAAAUAUUUGGGCAUCAAGAUGAAAAUUUAAUUUAAAUUUGUAUAAUUUGUAUGGAAUAACAUGAAUAAAUUUAG